AUGUUGUGCCUGUUGGGCAGGUCCAGGACCAGCCUGGCGCCGCGGGAAGGCCCGGACGCCCUCUACUCGGGCCUGCUGGAGUGUCCGGUGACCACCCGCCUCACCAAGCACGUGGAAGGCCUUGCAUCCAUCCGCCUCAGCGGCAGCUGCGCAGAGCUUCCUGCCACAGGCGCCGAGUGCCUGGAGCUGGCGAAGGGCGUCUUGCCCAAGAGCUUCCGGCUGCGCCUGGAGAAGGGCAAGGAGCCCGGCUGCUUCAUCUCCAGCCAAGAAGUGGACCAGGCCAUCCUACGGUUCCAGGGCCCCUCGCUGCACAAGGAGCGCAGAAGUUCCUUCCGCGAAUCGCGGAAGGAGUCGCCAACGCUGGGGACUUGCGGGACCAGUGCGCAGCGCUUCCUCGCGAGCAGUGCGCCCUUGGUGAACGUCACGGUGCAGCUGGACUCAGCGCACGACGUCGUCACGCUGACUCUGAGCGCGGGCGACGGCGCGUGGUUCGGCGUGGGCUUCGGCGCUACGGCAAUGGGGGAUCGGCCCUGGGCCGUCAUCGUGGACGGCUUCGGCAACGUCACGGAGCGGAAGUUGGAGAACCACCAGCCAGGGACUCUGCUGAAGCCUUCGGUGACGGUGCUGGAAUCCAAGGUGAUGGCAGGAGUUCGCUCGGUGGUGCUGACGCGGAGCCUGAAAGGAGCUUCCUCCGACUACUACACCUUUGAUCCGCUGAAAGAGGAGACCGUGAAUUUCAUCAACGCCGUGGGAAGUGGGCCCACCUUGUCGUACCACAAGCACCGCACGCUGGGCCAACUCGUCUUCCUUCCGAUUUCUGGCGAAGGCGCCUGCGUGUGCAAGGAGAAGGCGCCGGCCUUUGGAGAGGCCCAAGGCACCUUGGAGUACCGACCCUCAGGCCCAGGCGACGAGGGUUCCGGCAGUGUGGCCUUCUCCAACCACUGCCCUCCCGCCCCCAGGAGCGACCUGCUGGACAUGCGGAACCCAACCUGUGACCUGCGGAACUACUCCGGGGGACAGAUCGCGUGCCACCACAUGUGGUCCCUGCUGGAUGCGGACCAAGACAUCCCCUGGCCGCAGCAACCCAUCGAGUACUCCCUGAAGUUCCGUUUCUGGGUGGAAGAGUACAACAAGUCCUACCACACCAGCCUGCGCCGAGCAACCUGGGGCAUUGCUUCCCCCGUGGAGUACGAUGUGCCCAAGUGCGACCACCAGGUGAAGGGCUGCAGCCUGGUGAACGGCAGCUGGAUUCAUACCAUCUCGGGGACCUACGAGGGCGAGGGCAUCUUAUCGGCGGCCCACUUCCAUUGCCAUGCGCCCACCUGCCUGUCCAUGGCAAUGUACCGCUGUCCCCCCAAGACCAAGGUGUGCGAUGCCAGCAGCGGCGAGCUGCUCUGCGAGCAGCGCCCGGUCUACGGGAACAACUCGGAUCGCUUUUCCGAGCCCGGGUACAUCUUCCAGCCGCCCUGCCUGUGGGGCAGCCCCGAGUUUGGGCUUGCACCGCCGCCCAGCGUGGGAGGCUACGUCUUGGGCACGGUGAAGACCUCCAACGCCAGCUACGGACACCACGGGGAGAUGGCCUGGCAGCAGAUGUACAUCUUCGACGAUCCGGGCUCCGAAAGCUACAUUUGA